UAAUUACAAAAAUACCUGGUUUUACCUAAUCACUCGGUACAAGCGGGUGUACCGUAUAUUUUGCCUCACAUGACAGUGUUUUUCAAAAUUUUAGUGUACUUUUUUUUAUUUAAUUACCAUUCAGUUCAAUCAAGAUCAAAGUUUCGUUUCAGUAAAUCAGUAAUUAUCCAUUUAUCUCUAACUUGAAAGUUGAAAUGAAUUUUGCUGAAACAAAAAGAUUGUAAAGAGAAGCCCAUUGGAAAUAUUUAAAUCAGACGCUUAUAGAGCAAAGCCCGGUCCAAUAAAAACCCUAACCUUUACCUCGUUUAUACAUAAGCCGCUGCCCUGCCAUCGUCUUCUACCCCUCCCCCCAUUUCCCCCCUCCCUUCCUUCGACCUAGAACGAAAUGGGUCGCGUCAUCCGUGCUCAGCGUAAAGGUGCCGGCUCCGUCUUCAAGUCUCACACCCACCACCGGAAAGGCCCCGCCAAGUUCCGGUCGCUCGAUUUCGGGGAGCGCAAUGGCUACCUCAAGGGUGUUGUGCAAGAGAUCAUCCACGAUCCCGGCCGCGGCGCCCCUCUUGCUCGUGUCACUUUCCGCCAUCCUUUCCGCUACAAGCACCAGAAGGAGCUCUUUGUCGCCGCCGAAGGGAUGUACACUGGGCAGUUUGUUUACUGCGGUAAGAAGGCCUCUCUUAUGGUAGGAAACGUCCUCCCGAUCAGAUCUAUUCCUGAGGGUGCGGUCGUCUGCAACGUUGAGCACAAGGUUGGUGAUCGAGGCGUGUUCGCGAGGUGCUCCGGUGAUUAUGCCAUCGUCAUCAGUCACAACCCUGACAAUGGAACAUCUAGGAUUAAGCUGCCAUCAGGAGCAAAGAAGAUUGUGCCCAGUGGCUGCCGGGCAAUGAUUGGUCAAGUGGCAGGAGGUGGACGUACUGAGAAGCCUAUGCUUAAAGCUGGAAAUGCCUACCACAAAUACAGAGUGAAGAGGAACUGCUGGCCCAAGGUUCGUGGUGUGGCUAUGAACCCAGUGGAGCAUCCCCAUGGUGGUGGUAACCAUCAACACAUUGGUCAUGCCAGUACAGUUCGUCGUGAUGCACCACCUGGACAGAAAGUUGGUCUGGUUGCUGCUAGGAGGACUGGACGCGUCCGUGGUCAAGCUGCUGUUGCUGCUGCCAAGGCUGAUAAGGGAUCUUAAGUUUUAUAUGUACUAUGUUAUUUAUUAUGUCGUGUUUGAGAUUGUGCUUGUUAGCCCUUCUACUUUAUAUAACCCAUGCAGACUGUUAAACACUUUUUACUUGGACUUAAAUGGGAGCAAGUUUUGGUUUAAGAAAAGUUGUGUUCGAUUUUUUGAGCUUGUUUAGAACAGAUGUUCUCAUUGUUUCUUUAUUUACCUGGAUAAUUGGUCUUGUCUUCAUGGGUGAUGGAUGUGGAGUUUUGAUAGUUUUCAUGUAUUUGUUCUGAGAAUGAAAUACGUGGUAGGAUAUCAUGUGUUCAUGUUUAUUUAAACUUGUUGAUUUUCGUAAAGUUGGUCAUAUUUCCAAGGCAAUUU